UUGUGCCUGUUUCCGUAGUUACUUAUGAUGCGUUCAAUGCGGCUCCGUCAUUGGAUGAUCCUGCUAACUACUUUCACUUUUACUGCCUGCUGCGCAUGCUCUUAGCAGCCAACUAUGUACUAUCGGAGUUUAUUAUUGUUGUGAAUUACUCCUAAAUAUAUCGUUUUAUUUGGUGGACGUCAUUGAUGGAGCAAAGAAGACUUUAAAAGAAAAAAUAAUACGAGAGCAAACAAAAUACCACCGCCAUGAUGCGUUGGUAAUCCUUGAAAACAAAAGUGAAAGCACUGUGGUGCAUUUUCAAGUCGUUAUUUUAUUUUAUUUGAUGGUUGCAUAUCUUGCUUUCAGAUGAUGAUUGAAGUCAUUAUUAUUGGAUACCUCAUAUCAUACGUUCAUGCUGAUGGAGUUGCAGACGUGAUACUUUCCUGCAGUCUGGUGGAAGAAGGAGCUGGACUUGGUGGAAUGGGAGGCGGCGCUCUUUUCACCCGGACACCAGCCACUUUAGUUCUACGAGAUGUUGCAGUGGGCCCAGAUGAACCGCUUGAAACGCUUACUCCGUUUGUCCCACCUUCAGUUCCCGAUCCAGACCUCAUCCUGUUCGAGACCAAAGUGUCAUCACCAGAGAUCCCCAACGCAGACAUGCUUCUCCAUGCAGACUGCAACGACCAGGAGGUCAUCUGUGAAAUAAGUCGCUACUCUCCUCAGGGACUUCAGGGAAGUUCACAUCCAGCCUAUUUUAUGGUGUCCCUCACUGUGGAGGAACUCGAGUUCAGCACCACUCUCGUUCUGGAGAAUUUACCAGUGGAAAAGCAUCCGUCCAGUCUGAUACAAAGCAAACUGGGCCUGCCUCUCAGCGAGUCAGGGACUCUGCUGACAAAAGUGAUAUUCCUGGUGUUUUCCCCUGUAAGUUCUGUAUCUGCCCCUAUGAGACAUGAUGUGGUCCUCAACUGUGGCUUCAAGCAGCAGGAGACACCUUUAGCACAGGAAGUGGGCGUUGAGUGGCGCCUGCAGCACAGGGGGAAAGGCCAGAAAGUUCUUGAAAUGAAGACAAAACUAGAUGAUACAGAAGGGACAGUAGUUCAUUUUGACAGGAAGGGCUCGAGCAUUAAUCCUGCUGAGGUCGUGACUGAGGGGAACGUCUCUAUGACUCUGACCGGGCUCAAGGUUGUUGAUGAGGGGACAUACAUCUGCACAGUCAAUAUUGGUCAUUUCCAUGCCCAACAGGUCAUUAGACUUCACAUUAAACAACCACCCGAUGUUUCCCUCUCAAAGGAGAAAUUUGUUUUGGAAAAAAACUCAGCCCAGACAUUAAGCUGUCACUCCAGCAAAUACUAUCCACUGGACGCGCAGAUGGAGUGGUUCUCCCUCUCUCCAACAGAUGCAGAGCCUGAACUCUUUAAAAAUCAGGGCUCCCUGACCAGCCAUCGCCAGCACGGUGACGGGACCUUCUCCCUGACGUCUCACCUCAGUGUGCCUACCAGUAUUUCAGCAGGAACCAAAAUCAUCUGCAGGGUGUCCCACCCAGCGCUGGAAACGCCUAUCGAUGUCAGCGUGGUGGUUGAAAGUCCUGAACCAGAUUCUUAUUGGUGGGUCCUUGGUUUCCUGGUCAUCACUGUACUUUUCUUUUAUCAGGUCAUGAAAUAGGUCAGGCUUAGAUCAUCCUGACCUGAAAUCCAGAUGAUUGAUUGAUUUCAGAGUCAUUUUAAGUCUUUAAAUUAUUACCGAUUACGAGGGUUCUCUACACUCUUUUAGUCACCUGCUGAACUGGAAAACACACACUUCAGUGGACGGCAUGGGAAAUAACAACUCUACCAAGAAUUAAAUAAGUUAAACUCCAGGCUUUUAACACAACAAGUUCAACACAAUCUAGACUUCUCUCUUGAUCACUGAUUUAUCAUUUAUUUUUAGCCGUUAUUUUUUUCAAAAUAUCAGUGCGUUUAUUUUCAGGGGCUUGAUGUUUUAGUCUUAGUCAUGUUUGUGGAUGAUUUUGUAAUAAAUAAAGUUGGUUGCCAAGUAGAAGCAUCUCCUUCUCCACCGCCCAAUGCAGGAAUCAUCCAUCAUUGAAACUUAGAAAAAUGACAGAAAAUUAGCAAGAUAUAUUAAAUAUGUAUAAAAUGAUAAAAGUUUGAACAUACUUCCCCUUAAUUAAAAUGCACACUCAAAGGCUUUGGGGCUUAUCUAGGCUUCUGGACUUUAAUUAGAAUCUCUUUUAAAGCCUCUCAACCUCUAAAACCCCUUGAACCUAGCGGACACACACUUUUAUAUACACAUUUAUGCCGUGUAACUGGUCCAUGAAGCCAAAUGUAAUUCAAAUGGAUCAAAUAUGUUCGGCUGACUUUUGGAGACUGUUUAAAACUAUCAAUAACAUCUCUGCUUUACUUUGAUAAGAUGAAUUUGUACUAGUAAAAUUUUGGGGUCUCAAUGAAUGAUACAAUGUGAAGAUAAUGCAACUUCAAUGAAAACUGUCAAACAGCAGUGAUACAGACUGUGGAAGCUUACACUUCAGGCUUUUUGCACUGUUUUGGUACUAUUUGAAAUGUCACACUUAUCAUGUUUAUUCUUUACUUUUUGUGUGUUAUGUGUAUUAUUUACUUCCACUCUUGUAAUUCACAUUUGACAAUGAAGGAUUUUCUGACUUACGGACAUUGAUUGAGGUAUUAUCACAAACUUUUCCUGUUUCACAGUGUGGCUUCAAAGAGGCUGAGCUUUGUAGUUUAUUAUUUUACUGCUUACAGUUCUGAAGCUUGAGCCUGAAAACCCAGCCGAAACCAAAAUACUAUUCCUGGCCGUCUACCGUAUAUAUACAAACCGCAAUAUUCAGGUUUGAACACUUCCUUGGCUUUCUCCUAUUGAUCUGGUAUAGUACAUGACAGGUUUAUAAAUGUCACGGCAAACGAAAAAUUGAUCUUUGAAGUGUCGGUUCUGACUUAGCACAUAAGUGUCAUGGCUUCAUUUGUUGGCUCUAGACUUACAACAGAUUCUCUACGGCGCUUUAAGAAUAUCUCAACAAAGACAAGACAUAGUCAUGUCUCUUAUAAUCAGGUUAUCUUUACUAAAUUUCUUUGCUGACUUUAGCUGCCUUAUUUUCGGAAAUAACCAAAUUUUUACGUAAUUAUCUGAAAUCUCCUCUUCACAAACAAAUGCUUCAUGAAUUAUGGUGUAAUUAUUAUAUAUUUUUCCACAACAUUGCUUUUGUGCCUGUAUUUGGUUGUAAUAUGUAGCAGCUUGCCCUAAACUGGCAUGUGUGUAUUUGAGCUGACAGCAGUGUCAUGUUUUCAGAGGAGUGAAGCUAAAGUAUCAAAUGAUGGUUCAUUUUCCCAAAAAGGUUUAGGCUGCGACAGAAAAGUAAACAGAUUUCUUUAUUAUGAGGAGAAAAGGAAAUGGAUACAUGAGUUUUAUUCUUUUUUUUUUUUUUUACAUUUUUAAAGUGUACUCACAAAUAUGCACAGCUUUUCGAAGGUGGGGCGAUAUUCACUGAAUGUGACGAAAAGUGUUUUUUUUUUUAUGUAAGAAAUCACAUAGAAUUACAGACCUUAACUUUAACUGACCAGAAUAAUCUGCAGUGGGCAGUUAAUGUGAGAAAAUCCCUGCUCUGGGUUGUUGACAGCUGGAGCUCUUCUGUGCAGAGGAGUGACUAAACUCCCACAAGCCCAUGCACAGGACUCAUUAGCAGUUACUGUAAAUUUGAAUUUGAGUUUUUUGUUGCGCACUGGGGUCACACACUGGAUAGGUUCACAUACCUUUGUGAGAUGAGUUAUGCCAUAUUAGAUGAUCAUCUUCAAUAAAUGAAUGAAAAUUAAUUAUAGAGGUUCUCUUAAUUUAUUCAAAGAUUUUGCAUGAAAGUUGGAUGAUGUGUUUUUUACAUGUUUAUGUACAAAUGGAAAAAAAAAAGAUUCAGUCUUUCAAGCCCUGCUGUAUGUUUGUAAAUUAAAUUGAUUCAAUUUGCUACAUGAUUUCUGUUUGAUAAGAUUUAGAUAAAAAAUUUGAAUCUUGUAUUGGAAUCGGAAUGCUGUUGUAACUUUUGCUGACGUUUCAAUGAAGCCCAACAUGCUAAGAAAUGUCAGGAUGCAGUUCAGUUCAUGAUUUAUUUAUUG